CCAUCAAAUUGUGGAUUACCGGUGCUGAGUUCAGCUGGUUGCUCGUCUGGUGUCCACACUCUUUUGUGGGAACUGCGGCCUGGAAUAUGAUUGCGCAUCGUCAUGCCCGGCUCGCUGCCGCGCCUCAUGCUGGCCUUAAAGCUUUGAGGCGUGGCUUUACAACCCAGAUGUCGAUUUCCCAGGCGAUCCGGAGCCAAGCAUCACGGGCCGUGAGCACCUGUCGUGCUCAGAAGACCUCCGAGUUUCCUCCCAGCCUUCAGAAGAUCGUGGGCGCUUUCCAAAUGGUGCCGGACCCGAUGGCCAGGUACAAGCAGUUGUUGUUCUUCGCCACCAAGCUGGCCCCCAUGCCCGCAGAGGAUCACAUACCGGAGAACAAAGUAGAGGGAUGCGUGUCGCAGGUGUGGGUGGUUCCGGAGCUGAGAUCUGACGGCAAGAUCUACUGGAGAGCUGACUCAGACUCACAGCUGACUAAGGCGAGUCCGUACAGGGCGAAACGGAGUGGUCUGGCCGCCUUGCUGGUGACGGGCCUCAGCGGCUGCACCCCCGCGGAGAUACUUUCCGUACAACCCACCUUCAUCGAGAUGUUAGGACUGAAGCAGAGCCUCACACCCAGCCGCAACAACGGCUUCCUAAACAUGUUCCGACUGAUGCAACGUAAGACGCUGGAGCUAGUGGCGGCGGCGGCGCGAGCUGACGGCGGCGGCGCCGCCGCAGGUGGCACCGCCGCCGAGCCGGCGGCACAAGGCACCAGCAGCGGUAACGGAAACGGGGCCACGGCAGCGACGCCAGCCGCCACUACUGCAGCCAGCGGCAGCAGCAGCAGCAGUAGCAGCGCGACGACGACGUCAUCAACGCCUGUAGAGGACGGCAUGCGGCGAAAGCUCUUGGCGUCGUUGAGCCCGUCGGUGCUCAACAUCUGGAACGACAGUGCGCAGCAUGCAGGGCAUGCGGGUGCAAUGGCGGCACGGCACGGCAAGGCGGGGGAGACGGGGGAGACGCACUUCCGAGUGGAGGUGGUUUCGGAGGCGUUUGAGGGGAUGACGCAGGUCAAGCGCCAGCGGAUGAUCUACCAGCUGUUGGAGGAGGAGUUCGCGAUGGGGCUGCACGCCCUGUCCCUCGUUACACGAACACCCGUGGAGGCGGCCGCUGCUGCUACUACUAGGACCUGA